UAGAUCGCUAUUUUUUAGGAGUAAAUUUAAAUUCGAACGAGUUCAACGAUUUUUUCGUGAACAGAACAAAACAAAUCGAUCAAAAUGUUCAAAAACCACUUGGAAAUGAUUGGGCGCAAUGAGAGCCCCAGCAAGAAGGCGAAAUUCUGGCAGUCCUACAUCAGGUCCCUGAAGGGCUCCGAGGAUAUCCGUGCCCACGAGGCGCCCCGUGCCUCUCGUCCCUACAGCUCCUACCUGGACUCGCCCUCCUACAGGAGCAUCUAUGACGAGCCCGCCACCGCCAAUGAGCGCGUCCAGUCCUCUGGCUACAGAUAUCUGCCAGUGAGCCGCGACACCUACGGCUACUCGCCCCGUGCCAUCUACGAUCAUCACUACAGCCGAACAAGUAAGUUGGUACCAUAUACGGACCACAUACUGUACUAUCUACAGCCGAUUCCCGCCUAACUGCUUCACACAGCCGAGUAUCUGUAUCUUAAUGCUUCCGAAAUCGGUGGCCUUGCAAAUGUGGAUAUUGAACUAAGAUAUCCUGUUAUUACCAUUUAAAGUAUAUUUCAAAUAAUAUAGAUAAAUGAUUAUGAUUGUUUACAUAACAAAUUAUCCGCCAUGAAACUAAAAGAUAUUUUUAACAUUCUUGAAACUGGAAUAGUAACAUAGAUGAAAUUCAGGUUCAAAAGUUUAUGUCAAUGCUUUCAAUCUAGUUUUUUAGAAAAAAACGUUUAAAAUUUUAAUUAAAAUUUAAAAUUAAAAAAGGCAAUCACCUGAUUGUUAUUUGCAAGGUUACAUAAGCUUCGGUCCAUCCGAACGCCACAAGUUCUUUCAGCCUUUCUGCUUCGCUUCGAUGCGCCAUCCAUCAAUCAGUCAGUCAGUCAGUCAAUCAGUCAGUCAAUCAGUCGAGUCAUUACAAUCAUCUUACAACUGCAAUCUCGCCACUGCCUGCUAUUGAAGCUUUUGACAACACCUUGAAUAUCUCAAAACCGCCAUAUUUUUAUGCGUUUCAUUUGAGAUGAAAACUGGUGCGAGCGCUAUGAUUUCAUAAAUUUAAAAAUAAAAAUGGACAGCGCCAAACGGCCAAAUACAAUUACGUCAAUGAAAAUUUUCGUUUCGUAUCGUUUCGUUUCGCCUCGGUCGUGUUGAUUUUGGCAAAAGGCCUCAAAAAUGAACAAAAAAAAUAAAAAAAAUGAAGACAAUAAUAUAGGCAACACACACAGGCGCUAUAUAUCAAGUCAGGUAUAUAAGCGGAAUUUUUGACUCAAUUUUUUUUUUCGGUGCGUGCUCUGGGAUCAAAUGACUGUGGCGGCCCUCGGUGCGCGGAAACCGAAGUUCUCUUUUCCGAUUUUCCGAAUUUCCACACACUCACACACUGGCAAAAGCCCCAAGCACCCAAAUCCGAACACCCAGCCCCCUGAAGUCCGCCCAUUUCACCUUCAACCUGGUACCCCGUUUGCCUAAAUUAUUUAGUUUUCUUUUCGCUUUUUUUUGGACUAACCAAUUGUUUUUUUCUUUUUCUCUCUCUUUCAUAAAUGUUUCAGAAUAUACAUAAAUGUGUGUCGUCAAGAUAAAUACACAUAUGUAUCCGAGCGAUAUACAUAUGUAGUAUAUAUAUAAAUUUUCUUGAUAUUUUAUGCGCACUCUCUCGAUAUAUAUUUAUAUAUAUAUUUGUUGUUCUCUCUAGGCAAAAGACAACUUAAAUUUAGUGAACAGGAUUUUGUGUGUAGUUUUUAGUUAAAAUAUUGAAAUUAGAAAGCAAAUUAUUGAGUAGCCAGUAUAUACAUCUGUAUAUAAAUAUAUGUAUGUGUUUUGUGUGUGAAAUAAAAUCUGUAAACAACAUGCUGUUGCUUUUCUGUGGUGUUGCAUCCAUCCAUCCAGACCAUCCGAUCAACCAGACCAUCCAUCAAGGGCCAUCAAAGGGUUUGCUAUGAACUCCCAUCGACUUGUAUCAUGACCACGGCUUACAGUUCAUUUAUAAUAAAUUGCUUUUUAAUACGCUUUACUGAUUUCCCGAUUCCCUUCUUCUUCUAUUUGCCGCUUUCGCUAUGAUAUAUGAUAAUAUUGCUUUCUGGGAUGGCGUACGUAUCGAAUAUUGCGCAUACGUCGUGUGAGCCCACGCUUUAAACAUGCCACUUUCUGUAAGCAUCUAUUUUUGAGUUCUUUGCUUGCGUAACUAUUGGAAUGCUCAACUAGCUUAGGGAGUAUGUUUAGUUAUUGGUAAUAUCAAUCUUUUCUGUGCACAGUUCCAGCUAACUACGACGCAGAGAAGGCCUGGAAUGAUCAUCUGAAGCGCAUGCAGGAGAUCGAGCGCAGGUACCCAUCUCGCUAUGGUCUCUACUUGAGGGACAAGCCACUCACGCCCAACUCGCUGGUGCCCCUGGAGUACGAGCCAGAGGACAAGCUGCUGGCUGAGCUCAACAAGGCUCGUCGCUCGGCCUCGCCGUUCCGCCCUGCCAGGACGACCCGUGCCGGCAGCGAGCCGUACGUGCCACCGCCGAGCUACUGGAACCGCGAGGGCAGCGUGCCACGCGGAGGACCCUCGGUCUUCGAUCGUGCCACCAGCUUGGCCCCGUUCACGCGGCCCAGCUUCCGUGCCAGCUCCCUGGAGCCGCUGGACGAACUCUUUGAACGUAAGUUGCCCGCGAUCGCCGAGGCUGAUUCGGCGCCAGCUGAUGCGCCCAGUCGGCCACUCGGUAUCUUUGAGCGCGCCGGUUCGCCAAGUCCCACUCCCGUGAAAGCCGGUCGCUGGGGACCCCGUCCCACCGAAGUCGCCUACGAUGCUGAGGGUAAAAAUCCAAAUUUCACCUAUACUUUCCCUACCAAAAAAAAAAAAAAAAAA